CCGAGCCGUUCCGCGCCGCGGCCGCUCAGCCUCUGCCAUGGCCGGGGCCGGCGCGUGGAAGCGCCUCAAAUCGCUGCUGAGGAAGGAUGACGCCCCGCUCUUUCUGAAUGACACCAGCGCCUUUGACUUCUCCGACGAGGUGGGCGACGAGGGGCUCUCUCGGUUUAACAAACUUCGAGUUGUGGUGGCCGAGGACGGGUCCGAAGCCCCGGAAAGGCCUGUUAACGGGGCGCACCCGGCCCGCCAGGCCGACGAUGAUUCCCUACUGGACCAGGACUUACCGAUGGCCCACAGUCAGCUGAGCCUGAAGGUGGACCCCUGUGACAACUGCAGCAGGCAGAGAGAGUUGCUGAAGCAGAGAAAGGUGAAGACCAGGUUGACCAUUGCUGCCGUGCUUUACUUGCUUUUCAUGGUUGGAGAACUUGUAGGUGGAUACAUUGCAAAUAGCCUAGCAAUUAUGACAGAUGCACUUCAUAUGUUAACUGAUCUCAGUGCCAUCAUACUGACCCUGCUUGCUUUGUGGCUGUCUUCAAAAUCACCAACCAAAAGAUUCACCUUUGGAUUUCAUCGCUUAGUGAGCUACAGUGGCAGUUCUUUCGGAGAAGAGGGGGAGCAGGAUAGGCACCAUAUAAAGAAAAGAUCCCAGCGGUGUAAAAACAAAACAAAACAAAACAUUUAUUCAUCUUACUUCCUACUGCAGUGCUACAUUCAGCCAGAGGUUUUGUCGGCUAUGAUUAGUGUGCUGUUGGUGUAUAUACUUAUGGGAUUCCUCCUGUAUGAAGCUGUCCAAAGAACUAUUCAUAUGAAAUAUGAAAUAAAUGGAGAUAUAAUGCUUAUUACUGCAGCUGUUGGAGUUGCAGUUAACAUAAUAAUGGGGUUUCUUUUGAACCAGUCUGGUCACCAUCAUGCCCAUUCCCACUCGCUGCCUUCGAGUUCUCCUACCAUGGGUUCUGGGUGUGGACACAACCAUGGGCAAGAUAGCCUGGCAGUGAGAGCUGCAUUUGUACAUGCCUUGGGGGAUUUGGUACAGAGUGUUGGUGUGCUAAUAGCUGCAUACAUCAUACGAUUCAAGCCAGAAUACAAGAUUGCUGAUCCCAUCUGCACAUAUGUAUUUUCACUACUCGUGGCUUUUACAACAUUCCGCAUCAUAUGGGACACAGUAGUUAUAAUACUAGAAGGUGUGCCAAGCCAUUUGAAUGUAGACUCUAUCAAAGAAACCUUGAUGAAAAUAGAAGAUGUACAUUCAGUGGAGAAUUUAAAUAUCUGGUCUCUCACUUCUGGAAAACCUACUGCCAUAGUACACAUACAGCUAAUUCCUGGAAGUUCAUCCAAAUGGGAGGAAGUACAGUCCAAAGCAAAGCAUUUAUUAUUGAACACAUUUGGCAUGUAUAAAUGUACUAUUCAACUUCAGAGUUACAGGCAAGACGUGGACAGAACUUGUGCAAACUGUCAAAGUUCCAGUCCCUAAUUUUAUGUACACUGGGGACUACUGCCUUAUUUAUGCUGAAGUCAUAGACAUGAGAGCAAUAAAUGCAAACCUAAAUGAGAAAA